UCCCCAGCAUGGAUGUGGGGCUCGGCUCCCAGUCCCCGCUUGGGCUGCACCUGCUGCUGCUCCUGCUGGCCUUGCCACUCGGAAGCCAGGCCAGCGCAGACUGCUACGGCAUCCCGGGGAUGCCAGGCCUGCCCGGGACUCCCGGAAAGGACGGGCACGAUGGGCUGCCAGGGCCCAAGGGCGAGCCAGGAAUCCCAGCCGUCCCGGGGACACGAGGACCUAAGGGUCAGAAAGGAGAACCGGGCACACCUGGCCACCCCGGGAAAAACGGCCCCAUGGGAACCUCGGGGCCGCCGGGGGACCCUGGCCACAGGGGCCCCCCUGGGGAGCCGGGCGUGGAGGGCAGGUACAAGCAGAAGCACCAGUCGGUGUUCACGGUCACUCGGCAGACCGCCCAGUUCCCAGAGUCCAACAGCCUGGUCAGGUUCAACACGGCCAUCACCAACCCUCAAGGCGAUUACGACACGAGCACCGGCAAGUUCACCUGCAAAGUGCCUGGCCUCUAUUACUUUGUCUACCACACGUCACACACGGCCAACCUGUGCGUGCAGCUGUACCACAACGGGGCCAGGGUGACGGCCUUCUGCGACCACAUGGCCAACGCCAAGCAGGUCAGCUCGGGCGGGGUGCUGCUGCGGCUGCAGGUGGGCGAUGAGGUGUGGCUGGGCGUCAAUGACUACAACGGCAUGGUGGGCACCGAGGGCUCCGACAGCGUCUUCUCCGGCUUCCUGCUCUUCCCCGACUAGGGGCACAGCUGUCCCAGCCCCUCAGCUGCCUGCAGCCUUGCCCAGGCCUUUGUCCCCACCUGAUGAACUCCUCCUCCAGGAAGCCCGCCUUGAUCCCCUGUCCUAGGAGUUCUGUCUCUAAAUUCACUCCUUGUACCCAAUACCUUCUGGCACCCUCACUGGCUUUUUUCAGAUCUUGAAAGAAGCAGGGGGAAAUAGAAAGAAAAAAUAAAUCGGUAAACAUGC